GUUCACAGACAUCCCCAACGGCUUGGCGGCCCUGACGAAGGUGCCUGGGCAGGGCUGGGCGCAGAUCGUUGCCUUCCUGGGCACUUACGAGCUCUUCAUCAACAAGCCGGUUGGCAGCGAGCCUGGAAAUUAUGGCAAGGGCAAUCUUGGCCUCGGCUUCCUGGGACCCGUGACUAAUGCUGAGGCCCGCACCCGCAAACUCUCAGCGGAGUUGGCCAACGGCAGGCUUGCCAUGAUGGCUAUCAUCGGCAUGUUGUUCCAAGAUGGACUCACAGGCUCGGCAUGGGGCGACUGGGCGCUGUACACGGACUCCCCUCUCCGAAGUGGCCUCAUGAGCCCCGGCUACAACACCCUGCCGGAGUGGGAGAAGCCAAACACUGGCUUCCAGGGAUUGACCGGCGACCAAGCGCCUCUGGGUUUCUGGGACCCGCUCGGCUUCUCCAAGGACCUGGACGUCGAGGUCUUCAAGAGGCGUCGCGAGACGGAGAUUAAGCACGGACGCGUGUCGAUGUUCGCUUGCAUGGGUGAUGAGCUGA